AUGAGUUUCGUACGACCAUUAUCGCUCGCUGCUCGAGACGCGAUUGAAAAUCUCCCAAUGGACUUUACAAGUGCCCGUUCAAUGGCACAACGCCAGCAAGUUCUCGAGGCCUUCGCGCAACUCGAUUUUAUUUACCAAGGAUCACAACGUCCGAAAUUGUUCCAGCUUUUUUAUGACCGCAAGGAUUUUUUCGUCAAUGUCGAGUCUGACGCAACUCGUUGUCCUGCUGCCGGGCACCGCAGACCGCCAAUACCUGCCAUACCUAUGGUACAGAGACCUCCGCCUUCAAUAGAUCCGCGACAACGCAUUUUCGUUCGCCUCUUCGGUUCUCUCCUCACACGAACCCAGUACAUCGUGAUCGACCUCACGAUCCCUUGUAUCAUCCUGCGUAUCUUCAAUAAGGACGACCAGGACUUCUUCCCGAUGGAUUUGUCGUACGUGCUCGCAAGGACUUCGUCCAGAGAGGGAUCUCGACCAAUCCUUGAACGCGCCUCGGAUCUCUGCCCGAUGGACCAUAACCACCGCCCCGAAGCACUGCUCAAUCUAGCUGCCGCAAAGUUUGUCAGUUGCCAAGCUGACGGAAGACACCUCGACCUCGACAUCCCUAUCAAUCUGUUUCAAGAUGCCCUUGAUUUGUGUCCCAUUGAUCACCCGGACAUCACCCAGCUCCAUCCUACCAUUGCUCUGCAAUCUCACUUCGAAACGGGGAUUUCAAACGGAUGCGGAUGGAGUAAAGUCCUCGAUGUCUGCCACGCUAACAGUCACAUUUACAGAGCUGGCGCUUGUCAACCGAAGUCCUAUCCCACAUUUGCGUUCGCUCUUUCGCAGAGACCACUCCAUCAAAAAUGCUAG